AUGAUGUACGGAGCAGGUGACGUUGAGCUUCCGUUGAUAGAGUCUGCCGAAAUAAUUGAAAGUUUCUUGAAAGUGAAACUGAAAGAGUUGGUUAAUGUGGCACAGCGAAACGCAGAAACUCGUUCGCGCCAAUAUUUCGAUGUUUGCGAUCUACUCUUUUCAAUAAGGAGAAACGAGGAGUUGUUGCGAUGCGUUGUUUACGGAUGGCACAUGAAGGACGUUAUGACGAAGUUGAAUUCAGACCCGAUGGACAUCAAGGAGAACCAAAAGAAUUCUCAGAAACGAAUAAAUAUUUGCCGAAGUAUGCUUCAUUUUAUGAACAGAGAUUGUUUGGAAGAAAUUGUUAGGCAGGAAAGAAACAGCGUUGUCAGACGUGAUCGACUUAUGCGUAUCGCGUAUAUGACAUUGUCAAUGACGGCCGCGGAGUACGAGCGAUUCACUGCCGCCCGGCAGGUGUCUUUCCUUCAGCCGUUCGCCACUUGCAAGCAAUUACAAGACUUCGUGGUUGGCGAAGACCCGUUCUUCCAGGUAGUCGAUAUCUCGGUUAUGUCUUGUGAAGUGCUGGCGAUCAUCGCUCAUGAAAUCGUUCUUACCAUAAUGGACUAUGCCCUGGGAGCACGAGAAAAAUCCGCUCUAUUUCUUGACGCGAACUGUCUUCCUUAUGUUAGUCAAAAGCCGAAGAUCAGAUCUAAAUUGAUUUUGUACCCUCAUCAGCUGCUCUUUGAAAAUACCUCUGAAACUAUGACCGAUGAUUCUGCUCGCACGUGUGCGAUUACGCCAUUUGAGGUCAGGGAAUCUGUACGGCUUAUUAUGCAAAACAGACAGUUUUCUUUCUGA